AUGGCAACAUCUCUCGCGGCUUGGUCGUCUGUUCUGACUUCUUGCUUGCUUCUCUCCUCUGUAGCUCCACGAGCCGUUGGGUCCAUCGUCAUCACAGGGAUAUGUGAGUCUGACCAGCAGUGUAUCGAGGCGCGCGGGGAGGGCUGGUGCUGCGCGCUGUGGAACAUGGGAGACGCCCCGGCCGUCUGCAAACAGAUGGGGGAAGAGGGCGAGGCCUGCCACAGCUCCAGUAACUACCUGCCCUAUCCCUUCACCGGCGUCAGACGGUUCUGGCGGUGCCCUUGUCAGCCAAACCUCACAUGUAAGGUUGACGCAGACGCGGAGAGCAGGAUCGGCACCUGUACUUCCGGAUGAACUGACCGGAAGGACACCGGACCAAACCAGAACAGGACCAGACCCACGACCCUGGCAUUCACAACGGACACUCAACACACACCCUAAGGCACACAUAGGCCUGUGUAGUUCUUACUGACGAAACCUAUGAUUAGUCGAUCGACACGUGGAACAAAUGAACCGACAGACCAACCCACUAGUUCACUGUUAUCACGAGAUUCUAUUAAAAAGCAACGAAUUGAAUACUUCUAUGUCUCAAACAGUAUUGUAUGAUAUCGUGCAAUGCAGAUGACCACAUUGAUUUCUGGAGUAAAAAAGCACAGUUGAGAGUUAAUUUCAAAUGCAUGAGAAUCAUUAAGGUAUACGCUGACGAUACACGAAGUCUAUUCUUAUCCUUGUCAAGUCGCUCCUUUCAUGAACAUGAACGUCAACGUUAACAGAUAGGCAAACGUAAGGCUGUUUUGAACUUAGGAAAUCCCGUGUUGUCUGAACUACAACAUACGCACAGAGGGUGCAGAAUCAAAUCGAUAUAUCAGAGACAGAAGCAAACCAAUGCUGAACUUACUGGAAAUAAUGAUAUUCAGAUAUAACAAUGACGACCAGACAUGUGGAAAUCGCCAUGAAGAUGUAUUACAUAAUGUAUAACUAAAUGGGCAAUCGGAGCGAUUUCUACUUGCUUAGAACAUGUAGUAUACAGAGGACGAGCUUCCGACCACGGAGGUAUUUCAGCUUUUAUCUGUACGGACAGACUACUAGGAAUAUGUCACUAUCAGGAUCACUGGGUACUGACAGCCAUGAAAGAUUAAAAAAAAUAUGGCUGCUGGCCAAGCUGUGUUGUCAUUUGAUAUUGUUCAUGUAUUACUUGGGCUUAUUGGUAUUGUUGUGUACAAUAUAAUGGACAACACCAUGUGUGGUAGGGAGCAUAUGUGUCUGUAUGUGUAUAAGUAUAACCGCCCUUCAGAGUAGCACACUAGUGGUUGACACACCCUUUGGGGGUUUGACUUACGAUAAACACAACUUCCUUAUAACAUUGUAUUUCCAUCCACCACAUGUACACUACCUGAAACAAUUACAGUUAAAUCCAAUUGAGAAGAUACGAUACUAGUACUUUAUCUUGUCUACAUCUGACACACAAACCUUACUGAUAAAUAAGAGGCUCCAGCCUAUCACACAGUGUUCCACAUUGAAAAGAUGCAUGUCUAGUCCCUACUUGAUGUCAUUCCCCAAGAAAAAAGGAACAGAAACUGCACCAAGAUGAUUUACACAAUGUAGCUGAGAAAUAUAAGGAAUCUUACAGUAUAUUAAAGUUUUCUUUUUGCACAAAGUUAUAUUGAAAAAAAAAAGUCAAGCAGACUAUGAUCCCAUUACUCAUCUAUACAAUCAAGUGAGGUCCAAAUUACGAGAAUAAGAAGACUGCAUGGUACUGUAUUUGAGCAGCAGUCUGUUCUACAUACAUUUAGUUUCAUCUCAAAUCACUGCACUUCACCAAGCCCUGCACAAUGGACACCUACAAUGUUCAUUGAGUGAUAAAAGUACAAAGUACACUGUCCAGGAAAACUGGGAUGUGCUGAGAUACAAAUUUUUCUACACCGCCAUCUUAAGAUGGAAAUAAAAACAAACCUUGAACCACGAGAUAAAGCAGACAUCAGAAAACAAAUUUGCUUCAACAAAGACAACUUUGGAAAAAAAAAUUAUAACAGCUUUCAGAUGUAUUUAUUUAUUGCUAUCAAGACUUCUGAGUACAUCUGACUCAAAAGCUUUAUCAUCAUACAAUGUCUGAAGAUGUACCAUUUAAUUUCACCAAAACAUAGUUACUACAUUUAUAUCUCACCUGGACAUUUCUACACUUACCAUUUAUCUACAAGUCAUAACAAAGAAGCAAUCAUCCAAAAUGCAAAUCUUCAGCACUGUCUUUACUUUCAGUCACCCAACUAUAAACUAUAAACACCAAUAUUCUUUAUAAUAUUUUCUUUACUCCACUAAAAACAUGCCAAUAUACAGUGGAUUCCAAUAAACCAAUGGAAAAACACAGAGUCAGCAGAAGCAUUAAUUGUAGCCAAUAAGAGAGCAGAUUUAGUCCAC